AUGGACAAAAUCACAGACAAGAUUGCCGCUCUCCCGGCCGAUAGAGAGUAUUUUUCUCUCGAAUUCUUUCCUCCCAAGACUGCCAUGGGCUUUUCCAAUCUGCGCCACCGACUGCAGCGCAUGGAACAGGCUCUGAAACCUCUUUUUGUCAAUGUUACGUGGGGAGCUGGCGGAUCAACAGCGACAAAGUCCCUUGAACUGGCCGAGCUCUGCCAGCGGGAGCUUGGCCUCACUACAUGUCUUCACUUGACUUGCACCAACAUGAGUAAGCGUCUUGUCGACAAGGCCCUUGAGGAUGCCAAAGCCCUUGGCAUCCGCAAUAUCCUCGCUCUUCGAGGAGACCCUCCACGAAGGGAAGAAUACCGUGAUGCCCAAGAUUCAGACGACGAUGGACAAGAAGACUUCACAUAUGCUAUUGACCUUGUGAGAUUUAUUCGCAAGAAGUAUGGGGACUACUUUUGCAUUGGAGUAGCAGCAUACCCAGAAGGCCACUCCGACGAGAGUCACCCUCGGGUGCAAAGUUUGGAACACGAUUUGCCGUACUUGGUGGACAAGGUACAAGCCGGCGCCGACUUUAUCAUGACGCAGCUCUUCUUCGACAUCAGUGCCUACGAUCAUUUCGAAAAGACCCUUCGGGAACAUCCUAGUGGCGCUUUCAAGACUAUCCCCAUCAUGCCUGGCCUGAUGCCAAUCCAGAGCUAUCACAUGAUCAAGAGAACAACCAAGCUGAGCCACGCCAAGAUGCCCACGGCCAUCAUGGAUCGUCUUGAUGCUUUCAAGGGCGACGACGAAAAGGUCAAGUCGGUCGGUGUGGAUAUCAUCGGCGAACUCAUUGAGCAGAUUAGAACAAUCAAGAGCCGAACACCAGGCCGCAGAGGCUUUCACUUUUAUACCUUGAACUUGGAAAAGGCGGUUUCCUUUAUUGUCGAAAGAACCGGUCUUAUCCCUGACGAAUCAGAGCACGAGGAAGUGCUCAUCGACGACAAUGCUCUUGCGCCUCCCGCCAUCCAGGUCAACGGAGCCCGAACUUCGACUCACUCCAGGACAUCCAGGAGACAGUCCUCAGUCGGCUCCGACCCUUAUAACCGAGUCAUUGUUGCCGGCCAACCACCAACACAUCCGGAAUGGGAGGCCACUGGACAAGAAGCGGGUGUGCCGGCUGAAAGCAUAAACUCGCGCGCAAACACGCUUGCCAUUUCCGAAGGUGAAGGUGUGUUGGGCAGGGAAGCGACCUGGGACGACUUUCCCAACGGUCGCUUCGGCGACUCCAGAUCGCCGGCGUAUGGUGAAAUUGACGGCUACGGCGUAACCUUGCACAUGUCGGUCAGUCAGGCUGUGACGCUCUGGGGACGCCCCACGAGUCGCCAGGACGUCAACGAUGUCUUUGUCAGGCAUAUCAAGGGAGAGAUUGCGGCGAUGCCAUGGAGCGAAGAGGGACUGUCCCCUGAAUCUUCGACAAUACAGACUCAGCUCAUAGAAAUGAACCGCAGGGGCUGGCUAACGGUUGCCUCACAACCCGCCGUCAACGGCGUCUCGUCGAGCGACAGGACAUUUGGGUGGGGCCCAGUCAACGGGUUCGUGUUCCAGAAAGCCUUUGCGGAAUUCUUCCUCCCAUCCGCGGACUGGCGCGUUCUGGAAGACAAGUUGAAGGGAUCCGACCACUUGGACAGCGUCUGCUUCUACGCCGCCAACGCCAAGGGCGACUUCGUCUCGUCCGACACCAGCGGCGGGGCGUCCACACGAACCGUCGCGGCGAGCACCAACGCCGUGACAUGGGGCGUGUUCCCCGGGAAGGAGAUUGUCACGCCCACCAUCAUCGAGGAGGUGAGCUUCAAGGCAUGGAGCGAGGAAGCGUUUGGUCUGUGGGGGGAAUGGGCAAACGUAUACGGCCGAGGCUCGGAGAGCCACAAAGUACUAGCCGGCAUUCGAUCUGACUACUGGCUGGUGAACAUCAUUCAUCACGACUUUAUAGAUGGGGAAGCACUGUGGAGGCUGCUGCUCUGUUGA